AUGGCCAAUGAUGAUGAUGAUAGUGAUGGUGAGUUAUCAAAUUCAAAGAUAACUCACCAUCAGUUUCACAAUGUACUUAGGUCUGUUGUGAUCAGAUCAGUGUUGUUCUCAUCAGUUGGUGAGGUACAUAGUAGGAUGGGAUUAAGAUCAAGGCGUGGAUGUGAUAUCCUCAGUCUGGUGGAGGCUGUUCAAUUCGGUCAUACAGAGUUGUUCAUUCAUCACUUUGAUAGGAUGUAUAUCGGUAAUGGACCAACCAGAGAUCGUCUACAUUGCUCUCUCCACAACAUCAUAAGCUCAUCUUACAACGUGCCAUGCAAUCUGUUGUACACUAUUCGAGAGUCAUUCAUCCAAGCACUGCAUAAGAACAAUCACAAGCUGGUUGAAUAUAUUAUUGAUCAGGUCAAGGAUGUCUUCGAGUUGAAGUGUUGUUGUACUGAAACACCAUCAAGGCUGGAGGACGGAUCAAUGACCACGAACAAGACUGGAGACCAAAGGUCAUCAUUAACUACUGUUGCUAGCAUACUCUUGUUGCGAUUGUCUCAAGAUGACGAGAUACAUCCCGAUCGAAAGAUGUAUGACGUGCUGAUGCGGUAUCCGCCGGAUUGGUUCGAUGUGAGCUUGGUAACUUGCUUGGGCGAUAUGUCGUUGUUCAAGCAUCACAAUGUGCGCCUGUUCAAGAGUUUGGCCAACCGAUCCCCCUUGCACAGGACCUACAUGACUCAUCUUGUUGACCCAGAAAGAAGGAUCUACAAGGCUCGGAUGGGAGGCUUAUUCGAUAAGUCCAACAUUGAGUUAUUCAGACACCAAGUGUCGUCGGACGACAUCAUGGAGCUGGUCAAGUGGCACGAAGAGACAAGUGCGCAUAGGAACAAUGGAAUCGUUUUUAAACUCUUUAUACUUGCAUUGGAGUACAAACGAUUUGAUGUCGCACUUUUAAUGGCGACCAAGGGCACUCUCCUAAAGGUCGUGGAGUAUGACGAGGCAUUGGCAAAGUAUGCCAAUAUCGAACUACUCAGUGCCAUCAACUACACAUUGCCGGACAUCUAUGUUAAAGACAUACUCAAUCAGACAAAAAUUAAUGGCAACAUCGACUUCCUCAAGCAUUGCCACAGUCAGAUAGAAAGCAAGGUUAUGGGCCUCAAGGAUCAUCUUAGUCCUGCUGUGCUGGACAUUGAGAUGAUUAAUCACAUCCGUUCCCAUACACAUGACUACGCACUCUAUGUAUUGUACAACCUCAGUCACCUGCUACAAAUACAGAGUGAUAAGCUUGGGACACUUGGCAACAAAUGGACCGUCACGAACAUUGACGUGCACUCUGAUUGGAUGGUGACGAAGCAUCUAACCGACACACUGAUUGCCGACAAAAACAGAGUCAAGUGUCGGUUCUCCAAUCUCUACUCAAAUCUCUAUAGAAGUGCACUCACACAGCAGCGAGUCGAAGUGAUUGAAUAUGUGCAUCAACUCAUAUCUAAUGACCAAACCAAAGUAGAUAUUAUCACAAGGAACUUCCUUGGUCGGGAAGUGUCAACCAGCGCGACGUUGGAGUGCAUUGCAUCGUUAGUUGGCACUCAUCCAUCCCUUCUUCACUUGUUCACCAUCAAGUACGAUGACCUGAUUCAAAGUAAUCCCGAUUCACAGCAGAUACUACUUUCAUUGAUCAUAUCUGGACAACUGGUGUUUGAUGGCCACUAUGAGAAUAUGACAACUGACACCCUGCAAUUGAUUCAUCGACAUGGACAUGGCAUUCCAAAGGUCAUGUUUCUUGCCGCGGCAAAGCUCGGAGCAUUGGAGAUCAUGAAUAAUGUGUUCCAUAUGGGGAUGAUCAAUGAUAACCAGAUCUUCAGAGAGGUUGUCAAUGAGGUGUGCAAUGCCAGCGGAGAUGUGGAUACACUUCGAUAUCUCAAGGAUCAUGGGUUCUCAUUCGACAUUAAGGAGGCGUUAUCAAUGGCCCUGUACAAGGGCAAUUUCCACACAGUGGACUACCUCCUCACUAUGCCUGAACAUGUUGAGCGCGGUGGUACGCCUGGCUCGCUCAUGCGCGACCAAUUCAUUCAUAUUAUGGGAUAUCCCGACAAGAUCGAUCCAGCUUCAUUCAUAUUCAUGUUGCAUCGUCUGGAGACCGCUGGAAGAAUGGACAAAGCAUUCAUCAUUCAAGUGUUGAAAUUGGCUCGUUGCCACUGGCAUAUAUAUCGCUCUAUGUUGGAUAUGUUGGAGAGGGAUCAGUGUCGAUAUCAGCGAUUCAUCCCAGCACCUCUAUUUCACAAAUCAAAGAUCUAUCAAUUUCUUUGCAAAGAUAAUUAUCGAUCGACCAACUCUGUCGUGCAACUGUUUAGACCACAGAAUUCUGUUGAUGACUAUGAUAACAAAGUCUGUCCAUUCAUUAUUCCAUACUCUGAAAAGAUGUACCAAAAAUAUCAGAAAAUGAUCAUCAACUCUGGAAGAUUCCCAUUAUUAAAUUAA